UUAACCUUAAAACUAGCACUUUCUCCCAGGAGUAACCACCCCUUCUCCACCUCCCAACCUCGGUGUGGAGGUGGAAAUUUAGCAGCUAUUUCUGUCUGAGUUUUCAUCAUUAGUGAAGGCAGCAGACCAGAUUAGCAAGGUUACUAAGCCCUCAGAAAUGUUGCUUCAGCAGCAAAAUGACCAGAUAACUGGUUUUGUUGUUGCUGAACUCACACACGUUUUACUAUUUCCAUUUGGAGAUAAGGUUUUGUUUAUUUUUUGUCCACUCCGUUAUUGAUAACAUCAUUAUGACAUCACAGCUACAUUUUGAAAGGCCUGACUAGUCGCCUUGAAAAGUCACCUGGAUUGUCCAUCCCUACUUCUCACAAACAUUCAGAUUAUUUGUCAGAUUGUUGUUCUCUAAUAAUUUGGUGAUGUCCUGCAGGCUUGAGGAGGCGUUUCUGUUUGAUUAAAGUUAAUAACGUCCUUCACAGGUUUUAAUUUCUAGAAGUUGCGCUUUAGUUCAAAUCUAAUUUUAUGUUUCCUAUUGCUCCCCCGGACUCGUCUGGACUCACCUGGACUCGGCUGGACUCACCUGGACUCGGCUGGACUCACCUGGAUGCGGCUGAACUCGUCUGGACUCACCCGGAUCCGGCUGGACUCACCUGAACUGGCCCAGUUUACGGCGCUUCACUGGGCAGCCAAGCAGGGCCGUCAGGACGCCGUGGACAUGAUGCUUCGCUCUGGAGCCGACGUCAAUGUCAGAUCGGGUUACACUCCUCUUCAUCUUGCCUCCAUCCAUGGACACCAGGACAUCGUUCAAACCCUCAUCAGCACCUACAAUGCUAAAACCAACGUCAGAGACUAUCACGGGAAGAUGGCCGUCCACUACUGGAAGGGAAGCACCGACAUUUUCAACAAACCGGACUCUCAGUCAGGUGGGAGAUUCCUUCCCGGUCGCCGGAUGCAGCGCUUUGCUCUGCCGUCCUUACGGUUGACCCGUUCUCGCAGUCACGGGCAGCUCCACCUGGACUUCGGGACACUGCCUCAGACCGGGUCUCACAGCGCAUUGGACCUCCACGUGUAGCGUCCACCUGUAGGUACGUCUGGAUCUGCUCACCUGAAUACAUCUGCAGGUGAGGAGGUGGAUGUACCUGGAUGAUGAUCUGCAGCUUUCUGAUUGGACGACUGAGAGACAUGGUUUACAGGAAGCUGUUGAAUCUCUGGAAGGAAUGGUGGACACACUGAAACACGUCUCACUUUCACGCUCAUACAUGUCUUCAUGAACUCCCCUCCAUCGCUCGGCUCAUGAGCUGCCUGAACGAGGCGGACCAGCGCCGUUUGUGUAAAUAAUAAGCGGGAAAUAAAUGGACUUGGGGGAGGACUCGGUCCACUCUAAUCACACUCCGUCUGCCUAAUGAGGACAUUAACACCAGAGACACUUCGGUCCAGGACUAACCGAGCUAACGAGCUAACCGCUGUCCGUAAAAUGUCUGAUUUUAAACUUAUUCCAGUUUAUUUUUACAUUUCAAAGUUCUGAUCCAGAAUCCUUUAUUUAUCUUUCCAGUAAAACAGAAUUUACUGAAACUCGGUUGCUGAGUCAGAACCAGGGUGGGUCCAGCUCUUAGGAGGUCUGAGCUGCUUUAUUCUUCAUCCCAGUCUGAGCCGUCCUGGAGAAGCUUUCUGUUUCUCUCUAAGUAAUACCUGCGAAGGUCCGAGCUCUGAUCAUCUCCUUCGUUAUCUGGUCUGUACAUCCAACAGACGACUGGUCCUUCAGACCAGUAUUCAGUCAUGUCUACUUCUCAGUGUGUUUGUUUCUUCACCUUCUUCUGUUCUCCAGUUUUCCUAAAACCUGUAAACAGGAUGAAAAUUUAGAUUUUGUUUAUUUAUAAAGGGAAUUGUUUGCAUGUUAAUGAACACAAGCGUGUCAACGUGUAACGGAG